GGUCCCAAAAAAAAAAAAACAGCAAGGAAAAUGGCUAUUCCUACCGUAAGUAGCAAUUCCUUUCAACUUGAUGAUGAUAACAACUAAACCGAAUCCGAUCCUCUCGAAAUCUUGGUGCAUGAGAAGCUAACCAAAGACUCUGCUUCCCUUUUUCUGCUUCCAAUUCUAGGGCUUCUUUCUCCCUAGAUCCAAGCUGUUGACAAUUUCAUCUGGGUCCGCUCUUAAAUGGCCAUGUUCUGGCGUAUGGCUGGUCUCUCCACUGCUUCUCCAGUGGAGACAAUUUUGGAUAAGGAAAAUUUUGCACUGGAUGAGCUCUUGGACGAGGAUGAAAUAAUUCAAGAAUGUAAAGCUCUUAAUGGACGUCUUAUUAAUUUUCUGCGCGAAAGAGCUCAAGUUGAACAACUUGUCAGGUACAUAGUGGAAGAGGCUCCAGAAGAUGCUGAGAAGAGACGAACUUUUAAGUUUCCUUUUAUUGCUUGUGAAAUUUUUACAUGCGAGGUGGACAUAAUUCUCAAAACUUUGGUUGAGGACGACGAGCUAAUGAAUCUGCUAUUCUCAUUCUUGGAACCUGAGCAUGCACAUAGUACUCUGCUGGCUGGUUACUUCAGCAAGGUUGUCAUAUGUCUGUUGCUGCGGAAGACUACACCAUUUAUGAAGUAUGUGCAUGCUUAUCAAGAUAUUAUCAAGAAGUUGGUUGAUCUCAUUGGAAUUACAUCCAUCAUGGAGGUGUUAAUUCGCCUAAUUGGCACUGAUGAACAUUUGUAUAGCAACUUCGCGGAUUCCAUGCAGUGGUUGGAAGAUACAGAUGUGCUGGAGAUGAUCGUGGAUAAGUUUAGCUCAUCAGAUUGCCCGGAAGUGCAUGCUAAUGCAGCAGAAACGUUGUGUGCCAUUACUCGAUACGCUCCCCCUGGGAUAGCUGCCAAAAUCUCCAGCCCAAGUUUCAUUGGGAGGUUGUUCCGUCAUGCUCUGGAGGACUCGCGACCAAAAUCCGUUUUGGUUAACUUGUUAUCUGUAUGCAUAUCGUUGUUAGACCCCAAGAGGCUAUCAGCAGGAACGUAUUACAUGUACGGUCGCCAGUCAAUGCAGUGUUCUGGAGCAAGUGCGUAUCCUGAGACUGUGGAAGGGAUGUUGGGAAGCUUAGGUGAUUUACUGAAGCUUUUGGAUAUUUCAUCAGAGGAUAAUGUCUUGCCAACAACAUAUGGAAGCUUACAUCCACCUCUUGGGAAGCAUCGUCUGAAGAUUAUAGAGUUUGUUUCAGUCUUGGUGAGUGUUAGCAGUGAAGCUGCUGAAAAGGAGUUGAUCUGUCUUGGUGCUGUUAAACGCAUCCUAGAAUUAUUUUUCGAGUAUCCGUACAACAACUUUUUGCAUCAUCAUGUUGAGACAAUAAUAGUAUCGUGCUUGGAGAGCAAGAAUGUUCAAUUUGUUGAACAUCUUCUUAGUGACUGUAAUCUUGUCGGGAAAAUUCUCGAGGCAGAGAAGAACUCAACGCUUGCUGCUGAUCCAACCAAGCCAACGGCCUCUGUUGAAGAGAGAUCCCCACCCAGGAUUGGAAAUAUUGGGCAUGUGACACGAAUAGCUAACAAACUUGUUCAACUAAGGAACAACAAUAAUGGCAUACAGUCGCGUCUGCAGGAAAAUAGUGAAUGGGUUGAUUGGCAGACAAACGUCCUUCAAAAACGGAAUGCUAUGGAAAAUGUCUUCCAGUGGGCUUGCGGGAGACCCACGUCAUUGCAUGACCGAAUGAGGGACAGUGAUGACGAUGAAUAUCAAGAUAGAGACUAUGAUGUUGCAGCUCUGGCAAAUAAUUUAAGCCAGGCCUUCCGAUAUGGAAUCUAUAACAAUGAUGAACUUGAUGAGGCUCGUGGUUCACUUGAACGGGAUGAUGAGGCUCGAGAAAGAGUACAACUGUACAAGACCAACUUUCUCUCUUCCAGAUCCACUUUAGCAUGGCUCUCAAAAUUGUUUUGGGGUCAUUUUCACUUUCAUCUCUACAGUGCGAAAGAUGUCUAUUUUGAUGAUGAAUCUGCUGAAGUUGUGAUAUCUUCACUUCGUUUGGGGGACGAUCAGGAAAGUGGCUCACUUUUUACAAAUUCCAACUGGUUUGCUUUCGAGGAUGACAGAAUAGCUAAUGAUCAGUCUCCUGGCUCGGUUACUUCUCCCUCCCCUAACACUGAAGAGACUGAUGUUAUUAGGCCCGGCAUGAAUGAUGGUGCAGCUGCUGAUGAAGAUGAUGAUUUGGCAGAUACCGCCACAUCUAACCUACCUGAGCCAAAACCAAGUACUGAUAAUCCUUCACCCUGUAGUUUGUCUGAGGACUUGCAUGAUUCCACAGGUAAUGAUGCCAAUAAGCCUCCUGAAUGGGUUGAAUGGCGAGAAAGUUCUGAUACAAUUAGAAUGUCCAAUCAAACCCCGGAUUCACCUGAUGUAGCUGAUGUGGUUGAGCCUUCUUUACCUAAUGGUGAGGUCAAAGUGGAAUCAGAAGCUCUGAAGGAUACUGUUCAGUCAAAAGAAAAGAAUGCAAAUAUUUCACCCGCUAAUGGGUCCACCAGUAAUGUGGAAAAAGAUUGUGAAGGAUCACCACGUGAUACCUCACAGCCUCCAGGAACAGAUGGGAGCCAAAUCACUAGAAAUCUUAAUUCUGGUAGUACGGAGAAGCCACCUGCUGGAACUGAGGUAUUAUCUAGUGGAGAAAGAGAGAAGUGAAGUGCAGAACUACUGUGAAUUCUUUAUGUGCAGCUGUUGGGGAGCAAACCUAGCACUUUUGCCAUAGAACUGGCAUGCUGAUGAAUCUCAGCUAUUGCUGUCAGCUGGGACUAAUACGUGGUUUUGGAGCCUGAUGUACAGUGCUGGGUCUUAAUAUUCAACUUAGCCGCAGAUGAUUCUUUCCUCAACUUAGGUAAAGACUGCUCUCUCUUUCUUUUCACUUGUAAAGGGCUUUAGUGCAGGUGAUUCAGUAGAUCAUAAUUUUAUUCACUAUUAACACAGUUGCCUCUAGAUGAGUCCAAACUGCUAAAGGAGGUUGUAUGCAGUACACGUUGAAAGGAUAUUGUUUAUAUCUCAUAGUUGUCAUUUAUUGUCUUAA